GUCCCCGUCACGUGACGCAUGUGGCCCUUUCCCGUUUCUUCCCCGGCCCCCCUUCCCCCCCCCCCCCCCCCCCCCCCCGCCUUCCCUAACCCAAACACUUGGCUCCCUACGGGCUGCUCCUGCGUUGGGGGCUCCGGGCACCGGGACCGGACGGCCCCCCGGAGUGGCCGCGGCCGCGGCAGGAGGAGCGGGAGCAUGCGGCCCCGGUGAAGCGUCUAGCCCGCCCGGCCCCGCCCCGCCUCGGAUCUGCCCGGCCUGGGCCCCGGGAGCAUGAGUGGGCAGCGCGUGGACGUGAAGGUCGUGAUGCUGGGCAAGGAGUAUGUGGGCAAGACGAGCCUCGUGGAGAGAUACGUGCACGAUCGCUUUUUGGUGGGGCCCUACCAGAAUACCAUUGGGGCAGCGUUUGUGGCCAAGGUGAUGUCUGUGGGAGACAGGACGGUGACACUAGGCAUUUGGGACACAGCUGGCUCCGAGCGCUAUGAGGCCAUGAGUCGAAUCUAUUAUCGUGGUGCCAAGGCAGCCAUUGUCUGCUAUGAUCUUACUGACAGCAGCAGUUUUGAACGAGCCAAAUUCUGGGUGAAGGAGCUUCAGAGUUUAGAGGAGAGCUGUCAGAUUUACUUGUGUGGCACCAAGAGUGACCUUCUGGAGGAAGACCGAAGACUACGCCGGGUUGAUUUCCAUGAUGUCCAGGAUUAUGCAGAUGACAUAAAAGCUCAGCUCUUUGAGACAUCUAGCAAGACGGGCCAGAGUGUAGAUGAGCUGUUCCAGAAGGUGGCAGAAGAUUACGUCAGCGUGGCUGCCUUCCAGUUGAUGACAGAGGACAAAGGCGUUGACUUGGGUCAGAAGGGCAACACCUUCUUCUACAGUUGCUGCCAUCACUGAGAGCCCCUUGUCACCUGGAAGGAACUCUGCUGGACACUUGCCUGCUCUCUGCUGGUUGAGGGGCUGUCUGAGCUACGCACAGUCCCAGAGGCAGAAAGGGAUGGGCCUGUGCUGGCCCAGGAUCAGAGGCAGCAGCAGACUGAAAGGCUAGAGGAGGCCAGUUCUGACUCUGGGCUCUCUGCUAUUUGCUGGGCAGCACUUGUAUCUCUGCACAUAAUUUAAGUGGCUUCUGCCUUGUAAAUAAAGUCCCUCCCCACCCCCCCA